AUGAUCUUUACAAAACCAUCCAUUAUCGUUCCACUCUUGCUGGGUGCAUCUUUGACUUCAGUGAUCCCAACUCCUGAAUUGGUACCCAGAACUCCUGGGGAAGUUCUUAACGAUUAUGAGGGCAUUUCUCUCGACGGUAUCUCAGGCGUAAUGAGUGCUGCACUUAUCACCGCUCUCUACAACCAGCUUUCCUAUUCCAAUUUCUAUGCGGUGCGCCAGACUGCUGCCGUUGGAAGCAAUAUUUCCACUCUAGCAUCCGUUUAUGCUGGUUCUACGGUCGCUCCUUUCAAGCCUAACUCCGCAUACUUCGGAUGUGUUGUGAACAGCGAUUCUGCCGUGUGUCCAGGUGUAUAUUGUACUGUGGAAGUUACAGCUUAUAGACCGGAUGGUACACCAAAUACUGAUAAAGCAGGAUGCUCGUUUGUUGGCGGGAAUACUCGUAAGUGUACUCGAUUGCCAAUAUUUCAUGAAGCGCAUUGUGGAAAUACUUCCAAGUCCUGA